AUCCUCUUGGUUUUUCAAUUAAUCAUUUAGAUGGGAAACAUAAGCCUACUCAGCAACCAGGAAAAAGCAUGUGUUCCUGAUGUCUGUGAGCACCAGUCUGAGAUGCGCGGAUGCUUCAGCAUGCCUCCAGAAGCAGAGAAAGAACAAAAGCACUGGAACCAGUCUCCGGUUGAAUUGGCUCACAUGAUUGUGGAGUCUUGGCCAGUCCAAAAUCUGAUAGAGGAGGCCAGCUGCCCGCAGACUCAGGGAAGAGUUGCAGUUUGAAUCCAAAGGCUGCCUGCUGGCAGAUUCCUUCUUGCAUGGGGGAGCCUCUAGACUCAGAGAAGCUGGGUCUAAGUGUAGUGUUAGCUGCGGAUACCUGCUCAGCUGGCUAAGCCUUUAACAUGGAAAGAAGGCUCAUAAAGAAGGAAAUGAAAAAGCUCUUGGGAGAUUAUAUUGGCAUCAGACUUCGGGAAAAUGAAUUUGACCCAAAAGGAAGACGACAACUCACCUUUCUAGAUGAUAUGGCACACUAUGACUUGGCCAUCAGUGUUGCUUUGCAAUGGCUGGAUCCCUCAGAAGACUUAACUUGGCUGGAGUGGGAGGAACUGAAAAUACCAUUCCAUGGCAGACCCAUAUAUCCAAAUCGUAGAGAACGAGAAGCUAUGAUUUUAUCAUCUUAUGCUGGAAUCUUAAUGAACAGUAUCCCGAUUGAGGAAGUCUUUAAAAUUUAUGGGGCUGAUUCUUCUGCCGAUUCUGGUACCAUCAAGGUUCCCCGAGUUUCAUCUCUCCGCCUCUCCUUGCACCCCUUUGCCAUGUUAACAGCACCCAAAGCAGCAGCAUACGCCCGCAAACAGAGUGUCAAGUCAAGAAAGGUAACAACAAAUAAAAAUGCCACCAGCAUCUCUGCAAAGGAAGCAAAUGCCACACAAUGGAAAUCAUCACAAAGGUUUUCAGACACACAGCCAAAGCACAAAAGUCUCACUCUGUCACCCACAGUCGAGUGCAAUGGCACAAUCUCAGCUUACUGCAACCUCCACUUCCCGAGUUCAAGCGAUUCUCCUGCCUCAGCCUCCCGAGUAGCUGGGAUUACAGGUCACUUAGAAAAUUGGAAUUGUACCAUGGAACUUCAUAAUAGAUUCUCUGGGAGCAGACGAGAAGCAUCAUCUUAAAACCACAGCUCUUGCCAGUACAUUUUUCUUUACAACUGUUUUUGGUACAACUGCACUGAAGUGUUAUUUUUGAUGUUGAGCUUUCUUCUUUUAGAAGCAUAUUGCAUGGCUACAUUUUCUUAAAAAAAAAAACUGUGACCUUAUGCUACUUCAUUGUGACUGGAAGACUGCUGGAGAAUUCAGAAAGUAUAUAGUAUUUCUGUGUUAGAGCAAGCUGGCUUUGUAGCACAUUUUACAAAUGUGUAGCAUUGAAUAUUGCACAGUGAUGGAGUGGGAGGCAGAUUUCCAAAGAGUUAAUCCAAAAUAAAAUUAAUCUGUCAUUGAUUGCCUUUACUGUGUUCUCAUAUGAAAAAAAUGUUUAAAUCAUUUCAAUAAAGCAUUAAAAAAAUGAA